CCUGGAGCAGGCUUCCACCUGGGCCUCCCUCCUGGCCGCGGGUGACCGGCUGGCCGUGAGCCUCCCACCUCCCGGACUUGGCCACAGCGCCACCACCUGGACCAUCACUCUCCCCCACUCACUUGCCCGGUGCCCCUAAGUGACCGGCGGCUCCUGAUGGUGGGCAGCGUGUGGGCAGCUCUGGGACUCUCCCUCACCUGCGUCUCGGCGCUCAGCCUGGUCUCCCCGGUCUGGUUCCAGACCGCCACCUGCUCCUUUGGCAUCUUCGCCUACUGCUCCUGGCCUCGGGGUGACAGCUGGAACCAGAGUUGUGUGGCCUUCACAUCCCUAGAGGAGAUGCCUGGCGUGGCCUGGAAGGCUUCAGCCAUAAUGCUCCUGGGAGGCUGGCUCCUACUGGCCUCCAAUGCGAUCCUCCUUCUGUCCUGGGCACUGGCCUCCAAAAGACUGUGCCCGAGGAGGGGCAGCGGACCAAUGCCAGGGCUGCAGGCGGUGGCAGCUGCCACCACCGUCGCAGGCCUGCUGCUUUUCCCAGCCAGCCUGGCCUCCCCAUUCGCCAAAGAAGUCUGCGAGGCCCCCUCCAUGUACCGUGGUGGGAAGUGCCGGCUGGGGUGGGGCUAUGUGACUGCCAUCCUCAACGCCAUCCUGGCCGGUCUCCUGCCCAUCAUCGGGUGGCCCCGCAAGACCAAGGUCCAGGGGAGGGCCGUCUUCUCCAGUGACACUGAGAGAAUCAUCUUUGUGCCAGAAAUAAGCAAAUAAAAAUCUCCCAGGAAGCACAGAAAGAGUCUCCUCUGCAGUUGGAUGAAAUCACUACGUGCUCAAGUUCAAAUCCCACCUCUGCGGCUUCCUUGCUGUGUGACCUCAGGCAAAUCACUUCCCUUCUCUGGACCCAUUUAUUCUGUAAAAUGGAGGGUUGUUAUGACAAUUAACUCGAGAUCUUCUAUGUAA